AUGCUAAGUGAAGAAUUGGAUGCUGAAGAGGAAAAUCCGAAGGUAGUUAAGAGUGAUGAACCACAAAUUGAUCCAUUUCCUACCAUGAAGUUUUAUCCCCCAUUCCCUCAAAGACUCAAAAAGAAGGAUGACAAUGCCAAGUUCAAUAUAUUCCUUGCUAUGCUUAGCAAACUUCCAAUUAAUAUUUCAUUGCUAGAGGCAAUUCAAGAUAUCUCGAGAUAUGCUAAGCUUAUGAAUAAGUUGAUGUCAAAGAAAUGUCUUAUUUAUGGUGAAACCAUAGAAAUUACUCAUGGGUGUAGCGCUAUCAUGACUAUCUCUAUAGCAAAGAAGAAAGAGGAUCUUGGGGCCCUUACAAUCCCUUGCACCAUAGGGACACACAAGUUUGAAAAAGCCUUGUGUGACCUUGGUGCAAGAAUCAAUCUCAUGCCUUAUGCAAUCUAUUGGAAACUCAGAUUGGGUACUUCUACUCCAACAAUAAUGAGGCUAUUGAUGGCGGACUGGUCUAUUUAG